AUGUCAAAUCACUUUAAACGAGUUAGGCUUCAAAAUGAUAUGAACACCGAGCGCCUUAAAUCAGAUGAUGAAGAUUUGUCAGAUGAAUAUUCCAAACUUAUAGGGAGAGAUUACCAGGCGAUCAUUACUGAUUAUGAUCCUGAUGAGGCUCUCAUUGCCAAGGAUAAGGAUAUUUGCUUAUGGUCACCCAAAAAUAUAAAAAAUUUUGAGCCAAUUUACAAGUUUAUAGAACUAGCUCGAUUUGAUCAUGGUUAUUCCUUUGAUCAAGCAUUAGCUGUUAUAAAUUGGCAUGAUUUUGAUAUAGAUUUAACUCUAAAAGAAAUAAAAAACUGGAGACCUCAAAUAAAUGAUUGGUCAAUGGCUGAUAAAUAUCUAUUUGAACAAGCUUUUAGAUAUUGUGGUAAAAAUUUCCGCAUGAUACAACAACUGGUUCCACAUAAAUCACAUGGAGAACUUGUGACCUAUUAUUACAAUAGAAAAAAAUUAAAACAUUGCAAAAGUUUUAUAGACAUACAACUAAAGUCUCUUCAAACUCAGAAAAGACUCAAACUAGAUGCAAUUUACAAUGCUAAUAAUAAUCAAAAUAACACUAAAACUAAUGAAAGUUUGGCUUUGAGCAGUAACCCACUAAAUAAUAUAUUUGAUGAUAAAUGUAUUUUUGAAAAACCAGAGAUUUGGAAAUUAAAUGAUAAAGAUAAGAUAAACUGGGAUUUUGAGGCACAAAUUCAUAAACAAGAUUUUGAUUUGUUCCUUAAACACCAUAAACCAUCUCAGAAAAUAAAUCUUAUGAAUAUUGAAUCCAAUGAAAACAAAAUUGAUGAUAUAUCAAUCCAUUCAAAUGAUUCCCCUUCAUUCAAAGAAUCUCUAUUUGCCAAUUUAAACACUCAGAUAUACAAAUUGAAAUGCAUUGUUAGAAGAAAUCACCAAAUUAUAGCUCAAAAAAAUGAAACACAUAUAUAAAU